UAAAUUUAUAAAACACAACAAAUCGGCAAAAAUCUCAUUGCACGCGAUUUGUUGAGUUAUUUUAUUUAUUAAUUUUUAAUUUAAAGUCUUGCGUACUUAAACUACCUAGUUUCUAGUGCCACAAAGAACAAUCAGCCUGUUCAUAAAGCAAGAGCGCAAAUCAAAACAAAUUCCAGUAACCAGUCGAGUCGUACGGUCGUCGUCGGGUCGGUCGGUCAUCAUCAUCUAAGAACUCACUAGGACAGUGCAGGUGCUCCAAAUAAAAGUUCCUGCAAUUACAAUACGGAGCAAAUAUGGAUGAAUUCAAAAGUGUUACGAAGAAUUCUUCGGUUGUGAAAAUAUCUGCAUUGCUUGAAAAAAUCUAUGCGAAAAUUUGUGAAAGUAAAGAGAAGAAAGUUCUUGAACAUAAUAUCAAAGAAAUUGAAUUCCUAAAAACCCAAUGCAAAUCGGACAUCAUCCAGCUAAGUCUUAUGAGUUCGCAAACAUUUGUGCGACUCGUUGAAUCUGGAAUACUCGAUGUAAAUAACGUGCUGGUCAUGCUUAUCUCUAUGCUGCCUAAUUCCAGCUCUUCACAACACUCAGUCAUUAGCGAAUCAGUUAUUAGCUUAUUGUUAUUAAGCUUGAAACGAAAAGCAGCUCAAGUCAAAGAUAAUGAACCAUUCCAGUCUACUUAUGGCCUUAAAACACAACAACAUCCCUUGAUUACCCUUAUCCAAAAUAAGGGUGUCGAUAUAAAUGAUAUUGCCAAUAAAAUCAAUGGAAUUUGUAAUCAUCAAGAUAAACAAAUAAAGAAACACAGCACUGAAUACCUUCGUCCGGUGUUCUUGUAUAUUCUUUGCAAUCCAGAGACCCUGCCUUAUUCGAAAACCAUCUGGACUGGCCUACUUGCAUUGGCUAAAACCCAAACAAAUGCAAAACAUCUUACCAAGGAAAUUAUUCUAUGGUCCAAGAUCUCAUCGACCAGCACCAGUCUUUUUACAAGUAUAAUCCUUAUAGAGGCUGUCGACCAUUAUCUUGCUCAAAAGGACUUUGAUCAAGCAAUUGAUUUAGCUGUCUAUCAGGCAGUAGUAAUUCAAAACCUAGCUGGGUUUGGAAUCGAUCCAAGGCCAAGUUUACAAUCAAUAUUACGUGUCCUGCACUCAACCAGGGAACACAAUCAAAAUUUUUACAACGUUCUGUUAAUAUUGCUCGCUCGUAAUGUGCACAUACUUUCACCGAUAUACUUGCCCGACCUGUUGCGACUGAUAGCUUACAUUGUUGUGCAAGAAAACUGUGGGAAUCAAUACAUUCUGAACAUGUGUCUCGAUGGUAUCAUCUUGUGGAUGUCUCAGACUGCAUUCAUACCUACAGAUGGUGUAGCCUUGGCCCAUCAGAUUGUGAAAAAAAUUAUCUCUCUCAACAAACUUCCUCAGGAAGACGAACAACGACCAACAAUUUCUACAAAAGAACUCUCGAAAGAAAUCAAAAAUAUCCAUCCAGAUGUUGCAAUUGCAUUUGAUUUAGCCAAGCUAGUUGAGAGCUUCGAUGAGUCGGAAUUUAAAGAUGUUUUUACAUUUGUCGAUGCUCUGAAUGUUAAAGCUAAGUCAAAUUUUUGUCAGAGCAUCAACCUAUUUCUGAGGGCAUUAUUUCUAUCGAGGGAACCAUCAAUGGAUUGUUGGUUUAGGAUCUACGAGAUUAUUUUGGAGAUUAUUAAAAUAAACGGUGAUAUUGCAUAUGAUUUUCUGAUGACGUAUGUUUUCAAAUUGGCGGAAGAGGUAAAUCCGGAAAUACAAAUUGAGCUUUUAAGAGGUCUGCCGAAUUUUGGUGUUUCAAAGGACAACAUACCAAUGAUCUUAAACACGAUUCGGGCGAUGAAUAUCAAAAACCCCACCUUCUGCAUGGAUCUAUAUCUGCGUUUAUGGCGAAUUGAAGGACGAACUUAUCCAUUUCUUAAAAAACUUUUAUCACAGCCCCAUAAGGAGUUAGUCGGGACAGAACUUUCAGAAUUUGAAAUAACAAAAACUCAUACCAUUAAAGAAAUUUGCUCUGAAAGGCCAAAUCAAUACGGAUCAGAUCUGGUAUCACAUCUCUCAGAUACUCUUAACUCAUGUACCGACAAGGAUGGCGAUCUUGCAACGUCCUUAGCCUUAGAUGCCAUUAUUUCACUAUGCGAAAGCCAUACCGUAAACAUAGUAUCUACGUGGAAAGCUCUGAGUGGAAAGUUCCGUCAUGAAACACGCCCGCGAACCUUAAAAAGCUUACUUCAGUUCUUUGCCCAGGUUCCAUUAUUACAAACACCAACUUUGGAAUAUGAAAAUCUAGUAGAAGAUGCUUUGGAUAAUAUUUGGAAAACAAUCUGCAUAUCGGACAAUCUAGAGAUUAUUCAAGAAGCUUUUAAAGCCCUGACUCACUUCGAAAUUAACACCCUUAUGACACUUCGACACAUACCACCGAUAUUCAGAGACUUUAAAUACGUAGCCAGUGAAUACGAGUAUAACCAACACACUGGGAGAGAAAUCAUCGAUUUACAAAACGAAACAAUACCUGGAGACUGUUGGAUUCAAGUCUUACAAAGGGUUCGACCAGAAUGUACAUCAGCUGUAGCAGAUCUUCUUUCUCAUUAUAUUUACCAGGAAAUAAAUGGCUAUCGAAGUGGAGUUUAUAGAAUACCUGAAGGCAAACCCGAACCACGUAAGAUCCAAGUGAAUGAUCCGAAAAGUGUUCUUCGAGCGGUACUUAACUAUUUGGUAUCACAAUCGCGGUUCGGUGAUCGUCUCAGUGAGCCACAUGUAGUGACGAACGCCCUAAGGGCCAUUUCGCAAAAAUUUCCAAAACCCAUACCACCCUUAGACUGGUGCUUUCUGCACAGUUUUUUCCAUUUGAAUUUUGAAACUCGAAAAUAUUGCAUAUUAAUAGCAAAAAAUCAGAUUCUUCACUCGGGAACAGCGAGGAGAUUGUUAGAGAAUUUCCUUACAGAAUUCGAACCUAAUUGCUUCGAAAAGGAUCUCCUCCUGUUGUUCAAUGUUCUUCCAGAAAUAGCUAACGGAGUUAGUUUGCAAAUUAUCAAAAACUUCACAGAGAAGAUUGCUGUUUACUGCUUCAAAGAAUCCCAACUGAAUGGAUUUGCAGAAGGCUGCCUUUUUGAGAAGUUUUUAGAUAGUGCAAAAUAUAUUUUUACUGGCAAAUGUGAUAUUCCAGAGGUUCUUGACGUCUACACAUUGAUCAUAGAAAGAUACAUGGAUUCAAUGGAUAUUGACUCUAAGCUAUUUGAAAAAUACACAGAAGUUUUGGCAACGAUGCAUCCAAACUCAAUUGAUGGCCUAACAUCUCCGUGCAAUUGGUGGGAAAAACCCAUUGGAAAGCUAAAGAAAGCCACACUAAUUCGAUGUUACUUGGUGCUCUACAAUGACAAACUACCAAAUCCACUCAAAUGGUUAAAUCCCAUUAUAGAUGCGUUUGCAGAAAAACCUGAAGAGCAAACUUUUCUAUUUCGACACUUAGCAGCAACUUUGUAUGCCUUCAACAAUGAUGAAUGCUCGUGCGCUUGGAUUAUGGAAUUAUUUUUACAAAUUCAAGCGCUUUUAGCAAAUUCUUCGAUCAAAGAGAAGCUGGACAAAGCUUUUUAUAUGCUAGAUAUAUUUAUUCUAGCAAUUGAUGUUUUAUCAGGUUGUGCUGUUUUGUUAGGAAAUCUCGAUGUGAUUGCUACCUCACGCGCAGAUCGAAUUGAAAUUUUCCCAGAAAGUUUACAAUAUCUUUGUGAUCAUAUAUUUUGGAAGGAUAAUGAAGCAAAGAUUUAUGAGUUCCUUAGUAAUUUAUAUCGAAUGCCGGUAAUAACUGACGUUUAUUGUAAUAUAUUUAGAGAAGCUAUAAUUUGUUCGAGAAACAAGCCUUAUUUUGAUAAUAAAGCCAUUUGGACGAAGUAUGUUGGGAUGCGAAAAUAAUGAAAUCGUGAGCGAAAGUGUAUUUGCGUUAAGAAUUAAAUACUUGUUAUAAAACAAUAAUUAAGCUGCCGUUAAAGAAGAAAUUGUUAAUCUUUUAUAUUUUUUAUGACAAAUUUUGUUCACGUUUUGUAUAUUUUUUAAAAUUAUGAAAUACCGAAUAAAAAACUUCCUUUAAUUUAAA